CCGGUGCUAAGUAAAUACGACGCCUAAAGUGCUUGGUUCUUCCCUGGAAGCUAAGGCCUGUUAAUCUGGCGGCUGGCACUAUUAAAAUUAGGCAUCUAUCAAAAUAAUACUGUAAUAACAAGAGUACAAUGGCCUCUGUCUCAGAACUCGCCUGUAUUUAUGCUGCGUUGAUCCUCCACGACGAUGAAGUCGCCGUUACAGAGGACAAGCUGAACGCGCUGAUUAAAGCGGCCGGUGUGACUGUGGAACCCUUCUGGCCCAGUCUGUUUGCUAAGGCCCUGGCCAGCGUGGACAUUGGCAGUCUGAUCUGUAACGUAGGGGCUGGAGGUGGAGCUCCAGUUGCUGCCGCUGGUGGUGCCGCCCCUGCUGCAGGUGGAGCCGCUCCAGGUAAACACCCGGCCGAGGAGGAGAAGAAGGAGGAGCAGAAGGAGGAGUCUGAGGAAUCGGAUGAGGACAUGGGCUUUGGUCUCUUUGACUAAGCUGUACAUAGUUUUUAAAUAAAACAAUGAAAGGAA